UAGAGAGAGAGAGAAAGAAAGACUGGAAGACCUUAUCAUCAUCUUCUUCCGCAGCUGCUCGGCAUUUUACCCCCAAAACCAAGAGCCAGCAGGAGCAGAAUCCUCUCUCUCUCUCUCUCUCUCUGUAGUCUCUGCCGGAGGAUCUGGAUUUGCUCGACUUCGCCUUCCUUGCUCCAUUAAAGAUAAGAAAAGUUGGAAGAGCGAGGUUCGCCCUUCAUCGUUGCUCACAUGAUUCUGUUCCACCUCGACCCUGCGUCCGCAAAGUCGAGCUGAUUCCGUUGCUGGGCCGAGGAUGAAUCGCUGCGUUCCUGACUUCGAAAUGGACGACGAUUACUCGCUGCCUUCCCUCACCCGCCCCCGAAAGUCCCAAGUGGCUGGUGAUGAGAUCAUGGAGCUGCUCUGGCAGAACGGCCCCGUGGUCAUGCAGAGCCAGCGAUCGGUGAAGAAAUCGGAACCCUCGCACUACGGCGGUGACGGCCUGAUCGCCGCCGACCUGGCGAUGCCCAGCUCGAUCCAGAACCAGACUCACCAUUACCAUCAGCAGGAGGAGCAGCAACACAACCUCUUCAUGCAGGAAGACGAGAUGGCCUCCUGGCUCCACUAUCCUCUCAACGACACCUCCUUCGUCGCCGAUUUCUGCUCCGAUCUUCUCUACCCUUCUCCUUGCGUCAACGCCGCCGCCACAGCCGCCACGACGUCCGCCGUCUCCGCCGGGACCGCCACUCGCACUGCUCCGGUUGUGGCGGAGCUCCGGCGGCAACCGCCGACGCUGAUGGCCCCCUCGAGCAGAUUCGAGAAGAACUUCGGCCACUUCUCGAGGCUGAAUCGGCCUAGAGUCUACGAAUCCGGACCGUCCAAUUCGUCUCGAGCGGCUAACGAAUCGACUGUGGUUGAUUCCAGCGGGACCCCCGCGGUGGGGCCCGGCUCUAGGGUUUCCGAGGCAUCGCAGUACGACGUCUCGCGCGGGACCGUUGACGGCGGAGCGUCGGCCUUGGCCACGUCGUCGGCCGAUGGCGGCGGUCGCGAGAUGGUGACGUGCGAGUUGACGGCGACUUCAUCGCCGAGCGACUCCAGCGCCUGCGCCGAGCCUCCUCCGCCGCCGCCAGAGGACAGGAAGCGGAAGGGGAUCGAGAUCGACGCCGACGCCGACGCCGACGCCGACGCCGACGCCGACGCCGACGCCGACGAGUGCCACAGCGAGGAUGUGGAGCUUGAAUCUGCCGAUACAAAGAAACAAGCACGCGGUUCCACAUCUACGAAGAGGUCUCGAGCUGCGGAGGUCCACAAUCUGUCAGAAAGGAGACGGCGGGACAGGAUAAAUGAAAAAAUGCGGGCUUUGCAAGAAUUAAUUCCACAUUGCAACAAGUCUGAUAAGGCUUCUAUGCUGGAUGAGGCAAUUGAGUACUUGAAGUCGCUUCAAAUGCAAGUGCAGAUGAUGUCCAUGGGAUGCAGCGUCGUACCGAUGAUGUUUCCAGGUGUUCAUCAGUAUAUGCCCCACAUGGGGAUGGGUAUUGGCAUGGCUAUGGGAAUGAAUCGCCCUGUGUUGCCUUUUCCAAACAUGUUAUCUGGUUCGCCACUGCCGACACCAGCAGCUGGUGCUCAUCUGGGUCCAAGAUUUCCUAUGCCAACCUUUCUUAUGCCUCGUGUUCCUGCACCUGAUCCAUCCAGAAUUUCCCCAACCAUCCAGUCUGAUCCUUUGUUAAGCUCUCUUGCUUUGCAAAGUCAAAAUCAGGCAAGGAUCCCAAGCUUCAUUGAUCCUUACCAACAGUACUUUGGCCUUCGCCAUAUGCAGUUGCCACUGCAGCAGAAUCAGUCUCCGUCUGGUACCAGCAAGCCAAGUACCAGCAAAGUAGGGGAGAAUCUUGAAAAACCGCCAUCAGGCUGAGCUUUGGCAGAAUAUCCGGAAGGGCUCUUGCCAUCCAAGUUUUGUAGGGUAUAGAAGUAGAACAGAAUACCAACAUGAGAGGAGCAAGCUUUUCCUUCCCUCCGGCUGUAAAUUUUUCCUUGACAUGGCUAACAUGUACUCAACAGUAGUCAGAUUGAUUUUUUUUUUUACUUUUAAUUUCAACUUUCUUCCUAUACUACCUUGUAAUUGUAAGUGUAAAAAGUACUCUGAAGCUUGGAAAA